GAUCACGGUAUCCCGAUCGACAUGGGUUAUGCAGUGGCACCACAUCAUUCAGGGGUAUAUCCAGUUCACAAGCAGCUAUAUGAAGCCUGGAAAUCCAUCUGGGGAAUUCGAGUCACCAGUACUGAGGAGUAUCCCCACUUGAAGCCUGCUCGAUAUCGCAGAGGGUUCAUUCACAAUGGUAUCAUGGUUCUGCCUCGUCAAACCUGUGGACUAUUCACACACACGAUCUUUUAUAACGAGUAUCCAGGAGGAUCCAAGGAGCUGGACAAAAGUAUUCGGGGCGGUGAGCUCUUCCUGACAGUGCUCCUGAAUCCC